AUGUUUGACUGUAUGCUCUCUCAGUUCCAUUGCCACAGCAUGCUCGGAUCUACUUCCAUUUACUGCCUGCUUUUACUGCUGAUGCCUUCUGCCAGCCUGGCUGUCUACGAUCAUUAUCGGCUGCCCACCGCCCUGGAGCCACAGCACUAUGAUAUACGCAUCCUGACCCACCUGAAUGCCUCCGACCUGCGCUUCGAGGGGGCUGUGAGGAUCGAUCUGCUUGUCCUCCAGGCCACCAGAAACAUCACGUUGCAUGCGCGGAAUUUGCGGAUAGACAAGUCUGGCAUUUCGCUUACUGGUGGAGAGGAGAGGCAGUGCCUCUCCGACAUGGAUAUCGAGCUGAAUGAGGUAUACGAUUACUACACGCUGCACCUGUGUCGGGAUCUGGAGUUGGGUCAGACCUACCAGCUGACGAUGCACUUUGAGUCGUCGCUGAAUGCAACAGAAUCGGGCUACUACAACAGCUCCUACACGGACGCGGCAUCCCAAGAGAAACAUUACUUGGCAGUAACACAGUUCUCUCCGACGUUUGCCCGCCAGGCGUUUCCCUGCUUCGAUGAACCCCCAUGGAAGGCCACUUUUAACGUUACCCUGGGCUACCACAAACGGUACACGGGCCUCAGCAACAUGCCGAUCCGCCAGUGCCGAAAGCAUGAAAGCCUCCUUGACUAUGUCUGGUGCGAGCACGAACAACUGUCGAGGACAUCCACCUACCUGGUGGCCUUUGCGGUCCACGAUCUGACCAACGCGGCCACCGUUCAGAGCGACACCAAGAACAGGGUGAUCUUCCGCAAUUGGUUGCAGCCCAAGGCGGUGGAUCAGGCCAACUUCUCCAUCGCCAUGGCCCCAAGAGUUAUCGGCUACUUUGAGGAUCUCUUUCGGGUGGACUUUCCGCUGAGAAAGAUCGACCAGCUGGCAGCGCCCACCCACAGGUUCUCGGCCAUGGAGAACUGGGGACUGGUCACCUUCAAAGAGGCCAAGUUCGUGCACAGCCCGAAGGAUCUGCAGGCGGCAAGGGAUGGCAAGGCCAAGACGUUGGCCCACGAGUAUGCGCAUCAGUGGUUCGGCAACCUCGUGACCAUGAAAUGGUGGAACGAUCUCUGGCUGAAGGAGGGCCCAUCCACGUACUUCGCCUAUCUGGCCCUGGAUGCCCUGCAGCCCGAUUGGUGUUGCGGCGAGCGAUUUAUAGGAGAGGACUUGGAACGUUUCUUUCUUCAGGAUUCGGCCAGCUCGGCGCGCGCCAUUUCCCGAGAGGUGAAGGAUCCUGCGCAGAUCCUCGGGCAGUUCUCAGAGUACGUCUAUGAGAAGGGCGCCCUGAUCAUGCGCAUGCUGCACAAGAUGAUCGGCGAGGAGGCCUUCUUGCUGGCCAUUCGCUCCUAUCUCUCCGUACACUCCUUCGGAAAUGUGGAGCAGGCUCAUCUGUGGCAGUCCAUGCAGGCGGCAGCCGUGGAGGAGAAGGUGCUACACCCUGACUUCAAUCUUGGUCGAGCCAUGGACUCGUGGACGCUGCAGGGGGGCUAUCCACUGGUCACCGCUGUUCGGGACUACGAAACGGGAAGCGUGAGCCUCAAUCAAACGAGAUUUUACCUGGAGAAAGGCCUGAGGGAAGGCGCCGCCACAGGCAACUGCUGGUGGGUGCCGCUGAGUUUGGUCUCCCAAAAUGAUCCCGACUUUGAGCGCACUCGUCCCCAGUCUUGGCUGGAGUGUCCCACCUCUGCACACACAGUGGAACUACCCCUCAGUACAGCACUCAAUGAGUGGUUCAUUCUGAAUCCCCAGGUCAGUGUCAUCUAUCGGGUGAACUAUGACGAGCACAACUGGAGGAUGAUCAUCAGUACUCUGGCAAAUGAUCCAAGCUUUGGGGGCAUCCCCGGGUACAACAGAGUCCAGCUAAUGGAUGAUCUGAUGGCCUUGGGUGCGGUAAAACUCCUCAGCUACGACUGGGCCUUCGACCUUUUCGAGUAUCUGCAGAGGGAGGAGGAGUUCCUGCCCUGGAAGAGAAGUCUGGGCCUCUUAGACCGCCUUGGAAUGUUAUUGAGUGGUCGGCAGGCAACAGAGUUCAAGGUUUACAUGGCAAAGCUCCUCACAGCGCCGUAUAGCCGCCUGCCCAAGCUGGGCGCCAUCACGAGUAUGUCCUCGACCAACAGGGAGGUGUCCUUAAUGCGGCUGAUCUACGCUCAGGCCUGUCGCUACCGCGUGGACGACUGCGUGGCCCAGGCCAGGCAGGCCUUUUUGCGAGAUUCAAAUGGUUUCCUGGAGCUUCCCGCCGACUUGCAGGAGGUGGCCUACUGCACCGCCAUCGAGCAGGGCGGCGAAGCGAACUUCCAGCACGUGAUGCAGCUCUUCAGGAACUCGACGAAUGCCCCCCAGCAGGGAAUCUAUGCGUCGGCUCUUGGCUGCAGCCGCAACAUCAGUCUGCUUGGGGAGUUCCUCGACUACACGCUCCAGUCCGAGAAGGAAGAAGUCAGCGAUUGCUACAUGCUGACCGUGAAGACCGCACUGACACGUGAGAACGUGGCCAUCGAGGCGGCCGACCACAUUCUGUCCCAUGCCAAAAGACUCACCGAAAAGUUCAAGAAACGGCAGCUGACGAGCCUCCUGCAGACCCUGGCUGGAAAUCUGCACAGACCCGAAGAUUCGGCAAGACUGAAGGAGCAAUUGAAGGACUUGAAGCAGUUCGAGGAGCCCCUCCAGAAAGCCCUCGAUAUGGUGAAGGUGAACCAGCAAUGGCAAAGGGAUUGCUCCGGCGAUUUCAGCCAGGCUCUGGGGAGGCAUAUCUAAGAACCAUACACAGCCCAUGUCCAAUAAACGGGGAAAUCCCC